AAAUACAGCCCAUGAAGUGUGUCCUUUAGUUAUAUAGCCCAUGACUCAAAUAUAUGGUUCUUGGGCUUUUACGGCCCAUUAUAUUUGACUCAUAAAUGGGUUUUCAACUCAUUCGCAUCGUAUAAAUUUGCAUUGUUACUCAAAAUUAGGGUUUUGCAACAUUUGGAACCAGAAACGAGGAAGCAGAGUUCAACACCAGCAAGCUCACGAUGGCAAGGAUUAAGGUUCAUGAGCUCAGAGAGAGAUCGAAGACAGAUCUUCAGAGUCAGCUUCAGGAGUUUAAGGCUGAGCUCGCUCUCCUCCGUGUCGCUAAAGUCACCGGCGGUGCCCCUAACAAGCUUUCCAAAAUCAAGGUGGUGAGGAAAUCAAUCGCUCAGGUAUUGACAGUCAUCUCCCAGAAGCAGAAAUUAGCACUAAGGGAAGCAUACAAGAGCAAGAAGUUUUUACCUCUUGAUCUCCGUCCCAAGAAGACUCGUGCUAUCCGCAGACGUCUUACCAAGCAUCAGUCUUCUUUGAAGACAGAGCGUGAGAAGAAGAAAGAGAUGUAUUUCCCUCUGAGGAAGUAUGCUAUCAAAGUCUAGUUUUCCUUCUCUCCUUCUUAGCGCUACUAGAAGUGAUUCUGCUUCUUGAUUGUUUCGCUUAUGUAUUCUCCUCUUUUUUUUUUUUUUCCACCUUUCAUUUUUACUCAAGUUUUGUUAUGAAUAUCUUCAAAGACCUUGUUGAAAUUGAACGUUUCAUUUUGUCAUCGUUUAGUUGAAGAGGAUAAAUGAAAACAAGUCAGUUUGGUUAA